UUGAACUGUAAGGCUAAAACCCCAACAUCACACAUCCUGUGUCCUCUCAUUGAUUAAAGUCACUGAAACGUUCAAUAUCUCCGACCGACUACACGGGGAUUUUCCUCCCCAUUAAAACGCCUUUUUUCCCUUUUCUCUCUUGGGAAAGUGUUCUUGUUUCCUAUCCUUUCACGGAUCGGAAGCUAAUUACAACCUAAUUCUCCGAUUCCACUUUCAUUCUGAAAAAUUUCCGGUUGUAAUUCUCUUCCGUUCGCUAGAUCAGCCAUUGAUUCGUUUGAAUUUCUCUGUUUCUCCUCAAUCAUCAACCAAAAUGACCUCCAUCUCUCUCUCCAAUUCACAUGCUCUUGCGCGGCCUUAUCCUCAUCAUCUUCCUCACUCUCACCGUCAACAAUGGUGUUCCCGCCCUCUGCUUUCGUCCAAUUCUCUUUCUAAGCUACACCGGUUUGGGAUCUCCGACCGAUUCCCCGCUCGUCCUCCCUUGCCUUUGGUUCUUGCUUCUUCUGGAGCUGGCGUCGUUGAUUCCUUCCCGCUCAGAGGAACAUAUACGGUUGGUGAUUUUAUGACGAGAAAGGAGAAUCUAUAUGUUGUUAAACCUACAACAACAGUUGAUGAAGCAUUAGAGGUCUUGGUGGAAAAGAGAAUAACUGGUUUUCCUGUUGUCGAUGAUGAUUGGAAUCUGGUGAUCUUCUUAUGGAGGGGACUGGGAAAAGGGUCCUGUUCGUUGUCAGUGUCGAUGAGGAUCUUGCAAAUAUUAUCAACAUUAUUUUUUAUUUCGUCUUUUGAGGAUUUGGGGUGCGCAUAUGCAUGUAUAGUCAAAGCAUUACCCUUAAGCCAGGCCAGGAAUUUUGGUCCAUUUAUGUUAAGAGUUGGAGUCGUCUCAGAUUAUGACUUAUUAGCUCUUGAUUCCAUUUCAGGUGGCACUCAAAGUGAUACCAAUCUGUUUCCUGAUGUGGAUAGUUCGUGGAAAACAUUCAAUGAGAUCCAGAAAUUGCUCAGUAAAACAAAUGGUAAAGUUGUUGGAGACCUAAUGACAUCUUCUCCACUAGCUGUUCGUGAAACUUCAAACUUAGAAGAUGCUGCCAGGUUGUUGCUUGAAACAAAAUAUCGUCGAUUGCCGGUAGUCGAUGCUGAUGGCAAGUUGGUGGGCAUCAUUACUAGGGGAAAUGUUGUUAGAGCUGCUUUGCAGAUAAAACGAGCUGCUGAGAGGUCAACGUAAUUCUAGAAAUAUUCUCAGGUGCCACUUUGAGGUAAAUGUUACUAGGAAGUGUAUCAUUAUUUGUAGAUCACGAUUGUAGUUCCUUAUAGUUUACACAGGGUUUGUAUUGUUACAAUUAUCUGAAUUUGUGUUUUCCAUCCUGAAGUAAACUAGAGCUUGAAAGGGAAGUUUAUUGAUUCUCUAA